CGCGAUUCUCGGAUGAUUCGCUAAAAUAUUCGUUAUCGAUCGCGAUCGUCGCGAAUCGUUUCACAACGACGACUGCCUUGGAUGCGAUCAGCCGCAAAUUUUUUGCGCUUUGUACGCAAUGAGAUUCGUUAAUUGGGGAUUUAGUAGUCGCACGCAAAAUUAAAUGGUAUCAGGAAUUUUCACGUAAUCGGAGAAGACUACACCGACGUCUCGUGACGUAUUUCGGCUUGUUGACGUAUGGAAACGUCUAAUUGUUGGAUCAGCCAUUCGCCCUGUUAAAUUUGCGCCAUAUAUAUAUAUAUAUGUAAGUCAUCUUUUAUUUCGCAUAGUCUACGCGCUUUCACUUUCGGGAUACGUGCGUUUGUUUGUCACCGCUCGCCGAUCAAGAGUUUUUGCAAAUGGACCGCUUGUUUUUUGAGACACCGGUAACGUUUAAUAAUGUCCAUCGAUCGCGAAUAACUUUCCUUUUUGCUACUGCUGUCACACGUAUACGAUUGCGUAAUGCAUAUCCAUUUCCUCGCACGCUCACGACCUUACCACUUACAAUUAGACGGUUAAAAAUAAGCGUAUAAGACAUUUUGCAAGCCUUAUUAAGCCGUGACGAAAGAGCCGUAUCGGGAACUAAAUCAUCCCGCGACGUUAAUUUGCGAGCGCAAAUUUGCGCGCACGGCGGCACUUUUGCGAGUGCAGCAUGCACGCGCCGUUAUCUCUUUGCGUCGCAAUGCCCGACGUGCAGACAAAGCGACAGGUCAAAUAAGCGAUUUUUUACGACCUGAUUGGUCAACAAUUAGAGACCUUGCGUACGCAUACAGCUUAGACAAAUCUUGUUUAAUUGUCAUUAUCCGUAUGCUUCUUUCGGAAAUCACUCGGUCUCCAGCCACCGUGCGAGGAGGUACGUAAUCAACGAUAUCAUAUCGAUAUCAUAUCGAUUUCAUCAUCGAGCGCGAGUAUAUCUAUUUAAAUCAACAUCAGAGUUAAUUAAUAAUUAUGGUACAAUUAAUUUUACUUGGUGCAAGGAGUUAAGUAUCAACUGAAAUUUUAUUAUUUUAUUGAACAACGCGAACGGAAAUCGUUAGAGGUAACAUCAAGGUGAGUGCGCAACGUUUCAUCAAUAUAAAAAAUUGAUCCAUCAACGUUUAAAAACAACACCGGGAUAUCGGGAGAAGUCAUCGAUCGGAGUUGACGGUCGGCCGCUGGUUAAGACGAUCCAUCCAUCAAAUUACACGGUCAUUUUGGUCAAUGAUAACUCAUGACUUUGAAGGCAGCUUCCUACGAGCCCCCGUCGAGGGAAGUAGCCAAUUGCCGUGCACGGCUUUCGUACAGUCGCUACUAGAAACGUCGCCGAUAAGAUUUUCCCGAUGCUCUCGUGAUUGUCGAUGGAAUUAAUUGCGCUAUGUCGCGCCACGGUAAAUAUUUACAUCAAUACGACGAUGCUUCCUACUAAUUUUUCUAUCUGCGAAUGAUUGAGUGCAUCUUGUAGGUAUCCAUUGUUGCGUAAGAAUCAAAAUUUAAACAUUGCAACGACGCGACCGAUUUAAUGACAAUUAAUUACAGAAUUACAAAAUAGCAAUUAUUUAAAUAUCAUAUUCUGAGAAAUAAUAUUAAGAAUGUUCAUCUAUUGUGUGGCAGAACACGAAAGCAUGUUAUCUAACGCGAGCAUGUUAUCUAAUCAAUGAAAUAUUAUAACACACCAUUUGAUAAAGUCGAAUCGAACGGACCACUAUACCUAUUUUCGACAAGGGGUGGCAAAUUCUUGGCAGCGUUGCGACACACGCGAGGUGUCCGCGUAUUGACAAUGGGCAAUUUGAGCGGCCGUGGGGGGAGAAUCGCGCGUGUACGUGUGCGACGUCGUCAGUGAGGCCUAAUGAGUCCGUAAAUUGGCCCACAGGCUGCAGGGCCUUCUAUCUGAGAAUUGCACGCUCGGUUCUCUCUCUUCUCGUUGUCAGUGUGACUCAUUGGGCGGCGAGUUCUCGUUCGUGAUUCUCGAAUUUUCAACUUGUUCCUUCGCGCCGAGAAUUCGCGCUUUUUUUGCGCCAGCCUCUUCAAUCAGUGUCAGUGUCACGGUGUUCGACGGCACGCAAUCGCCCUCCGAUUCGUGAAAAUCAUGGAGGGAAGAUUCAGAUCAGGCAGCGACAAUCCCGAGAGGAAGAGAAAGAAUCACGACAAAGCUCUGUGAGUUUGGUACAUCGCGAGAUUGGGUGAUUGAAAUCAUAGAAAGAAGAGUGGAUACGAUAAAACGGUAAUAAUCGGCUAUCUUCCAUCAAGAGUCUUCCAAUCUUUCUCAGAAAAGUAUGAAAUUGCCUGCUUAGCGCACGAAACGAACAGAGGAAGAGAGAAAAGAGCUCGUAAAUAUUAGUGCUUUUGUGACGAAAUAUAGCGCAACUAUAUUGCAAAAAUGGCGAGUCAAACCGCAAAGAAGGAGCUUUUGGAGGAGACUCUGCAUCCGGAAGCUAGCGAGGAGGAAGUGGACAAAGAAUGGGAGGAAUUCACGAGACUAAUGGCAAAAUUGAAGGAAAGCCGGCGGAACCGACCUCACAGACCAUCACAAGCGUUCUACCCAUGUCCCCCUCCGAAUGCGGAUGAUGAGCAACAUGAAUUCGAUCCUUUCGACUAUAUUAACACCAUUAUGUAUGGUCGCUACACGAGGGACUUGGGUGAGUACGCAAAGGAAGAAGCACGCAGGCUCAAAUACCAUGAGAAAGCGAGGCGCAAGUAUGAUAAAACGAGGGCUGAGGACCUGCGGAAGUCCAGGCGCGGUCCAUUGUGUCGGAAGCUGCUAGCCCUAUUGGCCUUCGCCUGGAAGCAUACCGGUGCGCGACUCGGCGAAGACUGGGUCUUCUUGGCCCUGCUUGGUAUCAUUAUGGCACUUAUCAGUUAUGCCAUGGACCGUGGUAUCUCCAUGUGUAACAACGCCAGGAUAUGGCUCUACCAGGACCUUACGACGCAUCCGGCCCUCAAGUAUUUAGCUUGGGUAUCGUUACCCGUCUGCCUCAUCCUUUUUAGUGCCGGAUUUGUACAUAUAAUAGCUCCCCAGAGUAUAGGCUCCGGUAUCCCUGAAAUGAAGACUAUUCUACGCGGCGUAGCAUUAAAGGAAUACCUGACUUUCCGCACUUUGAUCGCCAAGGUGAUCGGCUUGACGGCGACAUUGGGCUCGGGGCUGCCGCUCGGCAAGGAAGGUCCGUUCGUGCACAUCGCCAGCAUCGUCGCGACGCUCCUGUCCAAAUUGGUGACGAGCUUUCAGGGUAUCUACGAAAACGAGUCCAGGAAUUGUGAAAUGCUGGCUGCGGCCUGUGCGGUAGGCGUCGCCUCCUGCUUCGCGGCGCCGAUCGGCGGUGUUCUCUUCAGCAUCGAAGUUACCACAGUGUAUUUCGCGGUCAGGAAUUACUGGAGAGGUUUCUUCGCGGCAGUAUGCGGCGCAACGAUGUUUCGGCUGCUCGCGAUCUGGUUUCAGCGUGAGGAGACCAUCACGGCGAUGUUCGCCACCAAUUUUACCAUGGAUUUUCCGUUUGAUCCGCAAGAACUCUUUGUCUUCGCUCUCAUCGGCGUUGGCAGCGGUCUGCUAGGUGCCUUCUAUGUUUGGCUACACCGCCAGUAUGUCAUCUUUAUGCGGAAGAACAAGAGCAUGAAUAACUUUUUGCAGAAGAAUCGCUUUCUGUAUCCUGGUAUCGUGUCCCUUGUGGUCUCGUCUGUGUCUUUUCCACUGGUCCUCGGGCAAUUCAUGGCCGGUGAUCUGAAUACGCACGAUCAGGUUUAUGGUCUCUUCACUAAUUUCACUUGGACGAAGGAGAAUCUCGGCGUAGAAGAGAUGAAUAUCGUCAAGCAUUGGUCAACGCCGUACACUGACGUCUUCAGCGGACUCCUUAGUUUUGUUUUAGUCACAUUUAUUUUUUCCAUUAUAAGUUCAACGGUUCCAGUGCCUUCAGGAAUUUUCAUCCCUGUAUUCAAGAUCGGUGCCGCGCUGGGUAGAGCAGUGGGUGAAGCUAUGGCGCUCUGGUUUCCCACUGGUGUACGCUAUGGCGGAAUAAUCACACCUAUCAUACCGGGUGGAUACGCCACGGUGGGCGCGGCUGCGUUUUCCGGCGCAGUGACACACACUAUCUCCGUCAGCGUUAUUAUCUUCGAGAUGACUGGCCAAAUCACUCACAUUGUACCAAUAAUGAUAGCUGUAUUAAUCAGCAACGCCAUCGCCGCGCUUCUGCAGCCGAGCAUAUACGACAGUAUCAUUCUCAUCAAGAAGCUGCCUUACUUGCCCGACUUGUUGCCAUCCAGUUCAGGAAUGUACAACAUUUACGUGGAGGACUUUAUGGUGCGCGACGUAAAGUACAUAUGGCACGGCAUCAGCUACCAGAAACUGAAAGAAAUACUGAAAGAGAAUCGCAAGCUUCGUGGAUUCCCGUUGGUGGACAAUCCGGAGUCUAUGAUUCUGCUUGGAUCGAUCCAGCGAUUGCAGUUGAUCAAACUCAUUGAAAAGCACAUUGGUCGCGAAAGAAGAUUGCAGGUCGCGCAAAAAUGGCACAAGGAGGCAGAAGAGAGAGCGCGCGAAGAAAUGGAACGACAAAUGCGAGAACAGGAACGAACGAGGAGGCCGUCAAGAUUCGAGGUCAUUCCGGCACCGGACAUUCUCAAGAUGCAGCGGCAAAGCGUUAACGAUCUAACGAUGUCACCAAACAACGACGGAUCCGACCACCACACGUAUCAUUCACCUGUAUUCGGCUCGCAACCAAAAAAGUCAAUUUUGAAGAAGACGAAUUCCUUCACCCUAAAGGGAUUCAGCCCAUUGAUCAGUCCGGCUGUGACACCUUACACGACCGUUACAGGCGCAGAAAGCAGAAUACGUUUGGCGUUCGAGGCAAUCUUCCGCAAAUCCGCCACCUUGCAAGACGUGGAUCCUGAUCCGGAGCUGGGAUCCGGCAAUGGCACUAGACGCGAUAGCCAGGAAGUUAUUAAUGUGACACCACACACGCCCAUGCUGACGCCAAGUCCAGCGACAUCGAAGAAAGUACAAUUGCCACGAGAGAGAGUGAUAGACAUGUCGGCUGAGGAUCAGAAACGAUGGGAGGAGAGUGAAAUGGCACUCGAGGUGGAUUUUUCGAGGUGUCACAUCGAUCCUGCUCCUUUCCAACUGGUUGAGAGAACAUCUCUGUUGAAAGUGCACAGUCUCUUCAGUAUGGUCGGCGUGAAUCAUGCUUACGUGACAGCUAUUGGCAGGCUAGUCGGGGUCGUCGCGUUAAAGGAGCUGAGAAAAGCCAUUGAAGACGCCAACGCCGGGAUUCUGCCGAUGCAUACGGAGUCGCACAUCGCCGCAUCGAUCUCUAGUCUGGCCAGAAGUGAGACCGACACAGAGAGCAAUAAGAACGUUAGCGGAAUGAACUCUAUAGUUUCCGUGGAUAACGAAAAGACGGAUAAAAUUUGAGGGGAACCAAAUCGCGAGAUGAAUAGCGAGGAUCUACAUUGUGAUAGCCGCGUCGUCGCCGACGUGUCACGCGAUGCGGCCUAGAUAACGCGAGAGCCGUGUUUUACUAAACUUCUUGUCUUGUCUUUCGUAAUUAUUCGCGCAAUUCGAGAGACAGAGCGCGAUAUAUAUGUGAUCACGUAACGAUGCUAACUCUCAAACACUUCUCUCGUACUUAAACUUAAGAUGAACUGAAUCCAGGUCAAAGGUCCCAAGAAAAGGCAACGCGAAUUAGUUUUGGCGAUAAUACGAGCGACGUAACUGCUCGAACGAACUACUCUGCGGAAUUUUCUAACGGAUUUUAUUCUAACGUAAUAUUGAGUGAUAUUGAGUGACGUGGAUUUUUCGAGCGCGGAAGCGACAUUCGCGUUCAUUCAUAUACGUGCGUCUAGAUCAUUUUAUUGAAUAGCUUUACGCGUUGAAGCUUUUCGACGGAUGAUUUACGUGUUAAAAAAUCUAUCAUGCGUUACUCGUUACAUUUAAUCGAAAUAACGCAUGUUCACACGGUACGAGAACUUACGUAGAAUAUGCCGACCAGAAUCAGCACUACGAUGGCAAUGCGAACGAGAAACGUUAAAUCGUGUAAGUAGGGGCGAAUUUGCACGCUGCGCCAAACACUGAAAUCCUACUCGAACCGUGAUUUCCGUGAGAAUCUAUUUAGCUGUACGUUGGUAUCUCGAAGAAAUUUGAACUAAGAACGUAAUACGUUUACGAAUAUGCUGUGAAUUGCAAGUCUACUACUGUUACCAUAGAUGUUGAGCUAAGUUUCUUCCUGAACAAGUCUCAGCGAGCCUCGGCGAAGCGAGAGUGAUUCCAAGUGCCAAAAGGCAGCGACGCUACGCUUUCACGUGCGAUACGCGCGUAACUCGCGUUGCAGGCUGAUAAUCCUACGUAUACGAUCACUCUGCAUUCCUACGCCAACGCUCCGUUUAGCUAGUAAUUAUCUGACCAUGGUUGUGCCAGACUAUUAUUAUUUAUUAAUACGAUUGUUAAUAUGAUGAGGUCGUUAUUUAAGCACGCAAGACAGAAAUUAGCGUAUUAUAUGUUGAACUCAACGAGGAAGCACAGAUAGUCUUCUUUCAUUCUGCACGAUACUUAAUAAUUUAGAAGCGAUCAAAAAGGAGCUCUCAAAUAUCUAUCGGAAUUAUCUCGAAAGUUAUUUUAACUUGCAUUUAUUCCUGCAAAAGACUAUAGACUACAUAGGUUGAAGAAUGGAAAUCAGUAAUGAAGUCAUGAGAGCGUAUUGAGAGAUUUUCGUCAAUUAAAUUGAUUUUAUUUUAUCACGUACGUAUCAGAAUGAAGAAUAUUGUCUUGCAACUCAAUGCUAGGUGAGUAGUUAGUAGAUAAAAUAUAGUAUCAUAUAUCGCAGUUAUUAUUCUAAUAAUUUCAUUUGAAGAAGCACUCGAGAGACAAUGUUGUUUAUAUCGAAUAUUGUAUUAUUGUUAUUACUAAUCGAUAUGUCGAGUGAAUGGCUAAUCCGCCGUUUAAAUAUUUCACUAUCCGGCUGGUCGCGAGAAUCAUUGACGAUAUUUAAGAUGCAUUUUACAUUCCAUUAGACUAAAUUUUUCUUCAUUAGAUUGUACAUAUGUUUAUUACAUUGCGUUGUUGAAAUUGUACGCCAUAAGAAUCGUUUGAUUGUAGAUAUGCUACUCGUCUUAAAAAAACAUAAAAUAAUUUAUUAUAUU